AUGGUGCUCACAAAUACCAGCUUGUCGUCGCUGCCCUCCACCUGGCAGGGCCUAACCGACCGACUCGCCGGCGUCGGUGACUCGACCUACAUAUUCUUCAUCUGCGACAACGACUCCAGCACCGGCAAGCCAUGGUGCCCCGACGUGCGCGCCGCCAUCCCCGUGGUGCAAAAGUACUUUGAGAAGCGUCCGGAGGAGAUCCUUGUUGUCAGCGUGGGACAGCUCCCCGAGUGGCGGAAGGCAGACAACCCGUUCCGCACAAAAUGGGACCUCAGAGCGGUGCCAACGUUCGUGAAGUACACGCGCACUGCGGACGGGAUUGGCCAGAAGCAGGUGGUUGAGGAUGAUGUCAAGAAUGAGGGCAAUCUCAAGGCGCUCGUUCAAUCGUGA